UUGUGCACAAAUCUUUGUGCCUCUGGAAGAGUGUUGUUUAUAAUUACGUGGUAGGUAAAUAAGAGUGCCCACCGAUUGCGAGGUGUUCCGCUUGGUUUCCGUGUGGCAAACGGUACGGAGAAAACGCAUCCAUCAAAAGCUCGACCAACCGACCAACCAACCAGCCGCGUGGGGGGGCUGGGCGCAACGGGAAGCAGCAUAGAUUGUGCACCCAAUACACCACCACACCAUCAUCGCACUGCCCGUGACGGAGGGGGUGCUUUGCUCAGGUUCCGUAAGCAUUGGCAACACACACAUUGACCCACAGUGCAUGCUGACGGUGACGGCUGGUACGGCUACACAUCCGUCCCACACGGAAACAGCGGAGCAAACGGCAGAGACCACCGCCGCCACCACCACCACCACAACCACCACCACCAUGUCGAACAAGCUGAACAACCCGAAGCGCCGCGAGGUGACAGGCUCGUCGUCAUCGAACUCCUCCAUCUCGUCGGUCGGUGCCGGGGACAGUGGCAUCUCGGCCGACCUGGCCUCACUGUUCGAGUGUCCGGUGUGCUUCGACUAUGUGCUGCCCCCGAUACUGCAGUGCCAGAGCGGCCAUCUCGUCUGCACCAGCUGCCGCUCGAAGCUGACCUGCUGCCCGACCUGUCGCGGCUCGCUCGGCAACAUCCGCAACCUGGCGAUGGAGAAGGUGGCCUCGAACGUGAAGUUCCCCUGCAAACACUCCAACCACGGCUGCACCGUGUCGCUCGUCUACACGGAAAAGGCGGAGCACGAGGAGGCGUGCGAGUUCCGGCCGUACCUGUGCCCGUGCCCGGGCGCGUCCUGCAAGUGGCAGGGUUCGCUCGACUACGUGAUGCCCCACCUGAUGAUGUCGCACAAGAGCAUCACCACGCUGCAGGGCGAGGACAUCGUGUUUCUGGCCACCGACAUCAACCUGCCCGGUGCGGUCGACUGGGUGAUGAUGCAGUCCUGCUUCGGGCACCAUUUCAUGCUGGUGCUGGAGAAGCAGGAAAAGUACGACGGACAUCAGCAGUUCUACGCGAUCGUGCAGCUGAUCGGAUCCCGCAAGGAGGCAGAAAACUUUGCCUACCGAUUAGAGCUGAACGGCAACAGACGUCGGCUCACGUGGGAAGCGAUGCCGCGCUCGAUCCACGAAGGCGUGGCGAGCGCGAUCCUUAACUCCGACUGUUUGGUGUUCGACACGUCGAUCGCGCAGCUCUUUGCCGACAAUGGUAAUCUCGGCAUCAAUGUUACUAUUUCCGUCGUUUAAACGCACACAAACACACACACCCACACUCACGCGUACUCAUCUAGCCGAAUCGACUGAGGGAAGGGGACCACCAUCAGACUUCGAUAGACAGCCCCCAAGUCUAGACAAUUCUUACCUAAGGUUACGUUAGCAUGUAUAUUUUUCUUUGUAACUUCUACUUUUCAAUUCCUCUUUCUCGCUGUGCAAGCGCACUUUGCUGCCGUUUGCAUUGAGGUGUGUGUAAGUUUAUAACUGAGUUUAUAACUGUCAUUUAAUAGAGGGAGCGUUUGCUUUGCUAAUGUGAUGCGGGAGGCAACAGUGUUUGAUCCCGUGCCAGCGAAGAGAGAGAAGGAGAGCGCGUUUUAAAACCACACAAAAUGCAAACUGCAAAAAGGGGAAAGGAUUAUUUUACCUCCAGUUCAGUAGUACACACUAAACGAGGAGAGCAAGAGUUGGGAAUAAAGCCUUGUAGCUUGUA